AAUACGCUUUGCCUGAGGUUGGAAGAGGCAGGAUCAACAGGAGUGUGUUCUGACUUCGAGGAAGUCCGUCGGCUUCACUUCGUGGUGAAUUUAGGCACAGUUUUUCUAUGUUCCGUUUCCUCCUCCAUCUAUUAAACUUUUCUUGUGCAGGCCUGAGAUAGGCUUAUGUCUGAGCUGCUUCGUCAGGGGGCCAGGCUUCAGAAAUUUCUAGAUGAGGGCGAGCCCCUUAGGCUCCUUAGCGAGGAGAAAGAGGUUGAGUUGCAGCAUUGGCGGUAUGAGGCGUACGGGAGCUCGAAUUAUGAGAGCUAUUUGAUGGAGCAGCUGCAGAAAAAGAUAGAGGUUUUGGAAUACCUCAAGGGCGACAUCGACCGCAUCAGAACUGUCUGUGGUAGGCUAAGGGCUCAGGUGCAAGCUCAAGCUUUAGAGGAGACAGGCGCCUCGGCCAAGGUCCCCGCCUUCGAAGUCCAACUCCGCUUGGCUCGUGAUAAUGUCAAAGUUCAAGCGGAUAUGAUCGGGAAACUCGAAUCUGACCUCUCGAAGAUUAGGCUGAGAUAAUUGAUUCCCGGGCUGAAGCGGCACUAAGCCGAACCAAGGCUGAUCAGGAGAUGGUGAUUCGUAUAAAAGACGUUGCGGAUGCUCAAGCCGAGCUGAAGCGAGCCCUUGGCCAGGAGAAGAGGAUCGAGGAAUAUGUUCGUUGCAGAUCCCAAAGAGAAGUACUCGAGGAGAUCGGUGCGAGGGGAUUUGUUCUCUCAGAGGAAUUAGCUCGAGCAAGGGCGGACGAGCGUGACGCGUGGUCACUUCUUGCUGAUGAGGCAAAGAGAGAACCCGGCAAGC